AUCACGACAAUCCAACCCUGACACCUCUCCCACCCUCGAAAAUGUCUAGCACAGACUGUCUGCAGCCCCCCCUCACCCCACCCCAGCGCGAAAUCGUCAAGAGAUAUGGCGGAUGGACCCAGUUCAUGCAUAGUUUUGGGCUGAAGCCUUGGGAUGAAGAGGAUGCUGAGGAGGGGUUGAGGAUUCUGGUUGCGUUUGAGCAUGAUGAUGAUGAGUAGAAGAGGGGGGGGUGUCAAACCUAGUAUCAUUCAGUAUCAUGCCUACUCAGGUGUCUGGACACCUUUUUAGUCGAGUGGUCUGUUUGGUCUGUCAGGAGAGAAGCUUGGGACGGAUGUCUAGUUAUAAUCCAGGUAGGGUUAUUUCAGGAUGAUGGCAUCUGGAUAUCGUGAUUGCCGGGAUAUGGCUCCAGCAGUUAGAAUCCAUAUCAGAAAUAAUGGAUGUGCUUUGUUCG